AUGUCGUCAUCAAAACCCACGCCGCCGUUGCCCAUCAUCACCACCGCCCCGAUGACCACUGCCGGGUCCCCAACGCUGCCGGCCCCGAUCACCUCCGCGCCGCCGGCCCCCGUCACUUCCGCACCGCCGACCACCUCCGUCUUCACGCCGGAGGAGAUGACCAGCACCCUGCGGGACCUCGUGACGGCCGUCCAGGGCAUCUCCCUGUACUUGGCCGGCCCGCACAUCACCCCGUCGGCUGCGCCCCCCGCCUACAGCCACCCGGCGACACACUGGCCGAUCCAGAACGCGUCGGGCCCGAGCGGGACGCCCCUGCUGCCGUUCCAGGCGGGCUACACCGGCGGGCCCCCGCCACUGCUGCACCUGCCCUGGUACUCGGUACCCGUGGCGAUCGCCGGGGCCCAUCCGUCGCUCCAGCCGCCGCCCGCCCCAGCGCCGUCCUGGCCGCAGUGGCCCGCGCCGGUUCUCGCAGCGCCACCCGCGCCCGCCCCUGCGCCGCAGUGGCCGCCCUGGUCCGCGCCGGCCCCAACCGCGCCGCCCGCGCCGGUCCAGCUCUCACCGCCGCCGCCCAGCUCCGGACAGGGCCAGUCCACACCGGGAGGCUUUCCGAUCCAGCAGGUCCGGUUUCCGCCGUCACCGUCCCCGAUCCCGGCCUGGCUAACCGGGACGUCGCCACCGCCAGUUUACACAGAGGCCGGGGACCCACCGGUACCCACGCUGCAGUCUGGGGCCUCGUCCGGCUCUGCGGGGGCCUACGACGGCCUCCCCACCGUUGACUGGGCGCCGUCAUCAUCACUGCUCCGCACCGCCGAGCCGGUCGGCCAUGGCGCGCCGACCCAGACGCCGCCACGGUUCGCCAAGAUCGACUUCGCCACUUAUGACGGCACGGAGGACCCGCUUAACUGGCUCAACCAGUGUGAGUAG